AUGACGGUCUCCUCGCUCCACAAGCCCACCAGCGCCGAAGCGGCAACGACGGCCCCUGCGCUCGACUACAAGAUCGUCCCGGGCGAGCCCAGCGACGCCGAGGCGAUCGCAUCUCUGGGCGGACGGGUGUUCUACGAGUCCUUUGCCCACUCGAUGCCCGCAGACGACAUGGCCACCUACCUCGCCACCACCUACACCCGCGACCUCAUCCACGCCGAGAUGCUCGACGCACGACACACCUUCUUCGUCGCCCGGGACACCGCAUCCGACCGGUUGCUCGGCUUCGCGCAGCUCACGACGGGAUCGUCGGAACCAUGCCUCUCGUCCGUCGCCGCAGAGAGGGGGAUCGAGCUGCAACGCAUCUACACCGACUCGGCCGCACAUGGCCGCGGGAUCGGCUCUGCCCUCUUCGACCGCGCACUCGAGUACGCCAGGCCCCGCUACGACGCCGUCUGGCUCGGCGUGUGGGAGGAAAACGAGAAGGCGCAACGCUUCUACACCCGCCACGGCUUCCACCGCGUCGGAGAGCACGACUUCAAGAUCGGGACGUGCGUCCAGACCGACUGGAUCCUCGAGCGCCACUUCGAAAAGGACGAGCCGGCGGGUCGAUGA